GCUCCUGGGAGAGAGGGGGAGGUGGUCCAGUGGGGUGGAGUUAAUCCCUCCCAGGCGCGGUGCCCGGUGUCCGCGCCCCUCUGGGUCCGAGAAGCUUCCGCCCAACCCUUUCCAGCUGCCGCUCCCCUGCUCAUUCCAGAGCAGUACUCUCCAAGGUGGGAAACCUAGGAGUUUGGAGUCUCCUCCGGGAUGGAGAAGCUGCCGCUAGCUUAGUUCGCUUUGGGGACAGGAGGAGCCAGAAAGGAAACUGGGGGCGGGGUGGGGGGUGGACACUGGGCAGGACUGAGCGUCAGCAAGGCGUGAUUCUGAGAGGGAGGGGGCGUCGGCACCCCUACCCUGGAGCGUCCGAGGCGCUGGUCUUCAUACCUGUGUGGGCUCUUUCGAAGGAGAGAGGAGGAGUCGGGGUCUUCACUUUCUUCUCAGCCGCAUUAAAAGCCCUCGCAGUUCUCCAGGUUUCCGAGGGCCAGUGUUCUGGGUCAGUGAAAGAGCUCCGGCCACGGCUGGCUGUUGGUGUCCUGGGCCUCUCUUUACGCAGCUGUAAAAUGGGGAUGACACCAUCUGGCUUUGCUCAGAGGAAUCCGGUUUGGGAAAGGGAUGUGUUUUCUUCCCGGGCCAAGUUACCACCACUUGCGGCGCCCAGUGUUUCCCGUUGUCGACAAGCGGCGCCAGCGAGGGUCCUAGGGAACUUGCCCACCGCACCCCGCAAGCUCGGGUACACCACGGCAUCCGCCCCUCCCACCUUUCCUGAGGGCCCACACACUCACACCCCCAGGACAGUACCUUCCAGAACUCAGCUGCGCAGCCUGGAGAUGAGGACCUCACCUCUAGUCAGUCACCCGUCCGGUGGAGGGAAGGGAGGCACCAAGUCUACCGUGCGCCUUUCCCUGCACGCGGUUACUCUCCCGGCUCCGGAGCGGGCCGACCCGGAGCCCCUCAGUGAGCGGUGGUCGUCUACACCCUGAAGCCCUUUGAGUUCGAGUCGGCUUGCUGGUGCUUGAGUUCGCCGCGUCCCUGCAAAGGCACUGCCAACCCCAUUUCACAGACCACAGACCGAGGCGCGAGGAAGAGCAGCGCCUUGCCAAGGCUCACAACACGCCCCUCGCCCUCUCCGUGCACCGAGGCCGCCCAACCUGGGACCUGGAGAUCACCAGGCAUCCUUGGACCUUGAGACCUCAACUCCUCUCCCUUUCUUUCCCCCAUCCGUCUUAGAUGCAAGGAGAAAUAUUUAGAAGCGCUUAUUUUAAAAUCGGAAUCCGUAUUCCGCUCUGGAAUUCCCUCUGGAAUGGAGGGACUGUGGCGACGCCAGUGUGGGGGUGGAGUGGGCGAGGCGGGGGGGGGGAUGGGGGGGCGGCCCAGAGACGCCCGCGGUUGCUGCUCCACUUUCUAAUCCUGAGAGGCAGCUGCGUUCUGCAACCUAUGGGCAACAUGUUUGAAAGAGCUGAUUAAAUGCUUUCCAGUGGUUUCCCCACGAGCCUGCUAA